AUGCAGCCAUUCAUAAAAAGAAUUCUCAAGGUGUUUUUGAGAAUUCUCGAGGUGUUUUUGAGAAUUCUCGAGGUGUUUUUGAGAAUUCUCGAGGUGUUUUUGAGAAUUCUCAAGGUGUUUUUGAGAAUUCUCGAGGUGUUUUUGAGAAUUCUCGAGGUGUUUUUGAGAAUUCUCGAGGUGUUUUUGAGAAUUCUCGAGGUGUUUUUGAGAAUUCUCAAGGUGUUUUUGAGAAUUCUCGAGGUGUUUUUGAGAAUUCUCGAGGUGUUUUUGAGAAUUCUCGAGGUGUUUUUGAGAAUUCUCAAGGUGUUUUUGAGAAUUCUCGAGGUGUUUUUGAGAAUUCUCGAGGUGUUUUUGAGAAUUCUCAAGGUGUUUUUGAGAAUUCUCGAGGUGUUUUUGAGAAUUCUCAAGGUGUUUUUGAGAAUUCUCGAGGUGUUUUUGAGAAUUCUCGAGGUGUUUUUGAGAAUUCUCGAGGUGUUUUUGAGAAUUCUCAAGGUGUUUUUGAGAAUUCUCGAGGUGUUUUUGAGAAUUCUCGAGGUGUUUUUGAGAAUUCUCGAGGUGUUUUUGAGAAUUCUCAAGGUGUUUUUGAGAAUUCUCGAGGUGUUUUUGAGAAUUCUCGAGGUGUUUUUGAGAAUUCUCGAGGUGUUUUUGAGAAUUCUCGAGGUGUUUUUGAGAAUUCUCAAGGUGUUUUUGAGAAUUCUCGAGGUGUUUUUGAGAAUUCUCGAGGUGUUUUUGAGAAUUCUCGAGGUGUUUUUGAGAAUUCUCAAGGUGUUUUUGAGAAUUCUCGAGGUGUUUUUGAGAAUUCUCGAGGUGUUUUUGAGAAUUCUCAAGGUGUUUUUGAGAAUUCUCGAGGUGUUUUUGAGAAUUCUCAAGGUGUUUUUGAGAAUUCUCGAGGUGUUUUUGAGAAUUCUCGAGGUGUUUUUGAGAAUUCUCGAGGUGUUUUUGAGAAUUCUCAAGGUGUUUUUGAGAAUUCUCGAGGUGUUUUUGAGAAUUCUCGAGGUGUUUUUGAGAAUUCUCGAGGUGUUUUUGAGAAUUCUCGAGGUGUUUUUGAGAAUUCUCGAGGUGUUUUUGAGAAUUCUCAAGGUGUUUUUGAGAAUUCUCGAGGUGUUUUUGAGAAUUCUCAAGGUGUUUUUGAGAAUUCUCGAGGUGUUUUUGAGAAUUCUCGAGGUGUUUUUGAGAAUUCUCGAGGUGUUUUUGAGAAUUCUCAAGGUGUUUUUGAGAAUUCUCGAGGUGUUUUUGAGAAUUCUCGAGGUGUUUUUGAGAAUUCUCGAGGUGUUUUUGAGAAUUCUCGAGGUGUUUUUGAGAAUUCUCAAGGUGUUUUUGAGAAUUCUCGAGGUGUUUUUGAGAAUUCUCAAGGUGUUUUUGAGAAUUCUCGAGGUGUUUUUGAGAAUUCUCGAGGUGUUUUUGAGAAUUCUCGAGGUGUUUUUGAGAAUUCUCAAGGUGUUUUUGAGAAUUCUCGAGGUGUUUUUGAGAAUUCUCGAGGUGUUUUUGAGAAUUCUCGAGGUGUUUUUGAGAAUUCUCAAGGUGUUUUUGAGAAUUCUCGAGGUGUUUUUGAGAAUUCUCGAGGUGUUUUUGAGAAUUCUCGAGGUGUUUUUGAGAAUUCUCAAGGUGUUUUUGAGAAUUCUCGAGGUGUUUUUGAGAAUUCUCGAGGUGUUUUUGAGAAUUCUCAAGGUGUUUUUGAGAAUUCUCGAGGUGUUUUUGAGAAUUCUCGAGGUGUUUUUGAGAAUUCUCGAGGUGUUUUUGAGAAUUCUCAAGGUGUUUUUGAGAAUUCUCGAGGUGUUUUUGAGAAUUCUCGAGGUGUUUUUGAGAAUUCUCGAGGUGUUUUUGAGAAUUCUCAAGGUGUUUUUGAGAAUUCUCGAGGUGUUUUUGAGAAUUCUCGAGGUGUUUUUGAGAAUUCUCGAGGUGUUUUUGAGAAUUCUCAAGGUGUUUUUGAGAAUUCUCGAGGUGUUUUUGAGAAUUCUCGAGGUGUUUUUGAGAAUUCUCGAGGUGUUUUUGAGAAUUCUCAAGGUGUUUUUGAGAAUUCUCGAGGUGUUUUUUGAGAAUUCUCGAGAAUUCUCGAGAAUUCUCGAGGUGUUUUUGAGAAUUCUCAAGGUGUUUUUGAGAAUUCUCGAGGUGUUUUUGAGAAUUCUCGAGGUGUUUUUGAGAAUUCUCGAGGUGUUUUUGAGAAUUCUCAAGGUGUUUUUGAGAAUUCUCGAGGUGUUUUUGAGAAUUCUCGAGGUGUUUUUGAGAAUUCUCGAGGUGUUUUUGAGAAUUCUCGAGGACACCCUGCAGCAUUCCGGGAGAGAAAGCAUGCGGUACGGCACCUCCAGUUGA